AAAAAUUUCCUUCACUUUCCUCUUGCGAUCCUCAGAGAAAGUAAAAAAAAAAAGGAAAGAGGAAUAGCAAGAAAAGAGAAGCAGAAAAUGCCGACAUACAAAUUAAGGGGAAUCGACGUUGAUUUUCCGUUCGAGGCUUACGAGUGUCAGAAGGUUUACAUGGAGAAAGUCAUCGAAGCUCUCCAAAACAGGUCUAAUGCACUUUUGGAAAGUCCAACUGGCACUGGGAAAACAUUGUGUCUUCUCUGUGCCACAUUAGCCUGGAGGAAGAGUCUGGGUGGCUUCUCUACGGGUAGGAGUAAAAAAAGUAGUCAGAGUCCAGAUAGGGAUUCUGAUGAACCAUCAUCCCAGUCUGGGGCUACCAAUCUUCCUACCAUUGUGUACACCACUCGCACUCAUAGUCAGCUUCGUCAAGUUAUUCAAGAGUUGAAAAGAAGCAACUACAGGCCAAAAAUGGUAGUCUUAGGAUCUCGGGAGCAGUUGUGCAUUCAUGAUAAAGUGAGUUUACUUCAUGGAAAAGCUCAGACACAUGCAUGUCAUUUCCUCUGCAGAAAGCGUCAGAAGCGUCAUUGCAUCCACUAUCCUCAAGUUGCCGAUUAUAUGAAGCAGAAUCCUCAUCUCGGAGAUGAACCUGUUGACAUAGAGGAUUUGUUCAAUAUUGGUAGAAGAUAUGGGCCUUGUCCAUAUUACUUAUCGCGAGAGCUCCACAAAGUUGUUGAUAUUUUAUUUGCACCAUAUAACUAUCUCAUAGAUCGUGGGAAUCGGAAAUCUCUAAAGCUUGACUGGCAGAAGAGUAUAGUUAUAUUUGAUGAGGCUCACAACCUGGAAAGUUUAUGCGCAGAUGCCGCAUCUUUUGACCUACCUUCUGGACUUCUAACAGCAUGUAUAUCUGAAGCAAAAACCUGUAUUGACCUUGCUGUCUCAAGGAGGGAAGAUUCAAAUGACAAAUCACGAAAUCCAGAUAAUUUUGCUAUACUGCGAGCUCUUCUUUUGAAGCUUGAGAAGCGAAUUGCUGAAGUUCCCAUAGAAUCCAAGGAAUUUGGAUUUACAAAGCCUGGGCCUUACAUUUAUGAGUUACUUGGUGAUCUUAAUAUCACACAUAAGACUGCCUCAAAAAUUAUUAAUAUAAUUGAGGAAGCAGCAGUGCUACUUGAGGAAGAUAAACAGCAGAAGAAAAAUGAAACGGCCUGUAGGCUGGAGAGCUUCAGUGACAUCCUGAACCUAAUCUUUAGAGAUAAAGUCAAUGCUCAUGCAGAUUUUUAUCGUGUUCAUGUGCAGGAAGCUGAGACAAAAGCUACAGAAAUCCUUAAAGGUAAGACAUCCAGAACACUCAGCUGGUGGUGCUUCAAUCCAGGAAUUACCAUGCAAGAGUUCUCUCGACUGGGAGUUGGCUCGAUUAUAUUGACAUCUGGUACAUUGUCUCCCAUGGAUUCAUUUGCACAAGAGUUGAAAUUAGAUUUUCCUAUUCGGCUGGAAAAUCCCCAUGUUAUUUCUUCGACUCAGAUAUGGGCUGGAGUUGUACCAGUUGGUCCUUCAGGUUACUCUUUCAAUUCAUCUUACCGAAAUCGUGAUUCGCUGGAAUACAAACAAGAACUUGGGAAUGCUAUUGUCAAUUUUGCUCGAAUUGUACCUGAUGGAUUGCUUGUGUUCUUUCCAUCUUACUACAUUUUGGAUCAGUGCAUUGGGUGUUGGAAGAACAUGAGUUCUGUUAAUUCAACAACAAUAUGGGAAAGAAUCUGCAAACACAAGAAACCUGUUAUUGAGCCUAGACAGUCUUCCUUGUUUCCUUUGUCAAUUGAGGACUAUAUGGCUAAACUGAAGGACACCUCAUCUUCAGGUGCAAUAUUUUUUGCUGUUUGUCGUGGCAAGGUCAGUGAAGGACUGGAUUUUGCUGAUCACGCUGGGAGAGCAGUAGUUGUCACUGGCUUGCCAUUUCCCACAAGCAAUGAUGCUAAGGUUCGACUCAAACGUGAGUAUUUGGAUCAACAGGCACAAUCACUGAAGGAAGGAUGCCAGGCACUGAAGUUGCUAACUGGAGAAGACUGGUACAAUCGACAAGCAUCAAGGGCUGUGAACCAGGCAGUUGGACGUGUUAUCCGUCAUAGUCAUGAUUAUGGAGCAAUCAUUCUAUGUGAUGAGAGGUUUGGUUAUCCAAAUCGGCAAUCUCAAAUAUCCCGUUGGAUACAGCCUCAUCUCACAUGUUACAACAAAUUUGGUGAAGUUGCUUUUAAACUAACCCGUUUUUUCCGAGAUGGAGGAAUGUGCAGUCCUACGAAGCUUAAAUUAUUAGAAAAUGGAAACAUUGCAGAUGGAAGAGAGACAAAAACUGCUCAGCCACUUGAUAAAUCUUACUCAGAGAGUUUCUCUACUGGGUUAAAACCAGCGGAUAAAGCUUGCUCCACCAACCCAAUAUCUGUUUUACGUGAAGUUAAAAGGGGCAACAGUUCAAGCCAGCUGGGGGGCAUUCUUCCUGCCAAUCGCUCAUUUCUUACUCCUUGCAAGGAAGGCCAGGCUUCAGAGUUGAUGCAAUCAAGUGGUCAUGGUUUCAAGGACAAGAAAUCAAUUCCUUGUGGAGGAAACAAGCAACAGAAAAAUCAUGAAGUAAUCGAUUUGAUUGAUGAUUCUUUAUUGGAUGAAAAACCAAGUAAAGAGCCACAGUUAGUGCCUUUGUUGACAAAGAAACGUAAAGUGCUGAACAUAGAGCAUGACACUAUGCAGCAUGUCAAAAAUACUGGUGAUCACGCAUCUGGUGCCCAAAGGUCAGGGUCAAGUGACCAUCCUUUCAUGCUCACUUCAGUGAAAGUUGAGAAUACACGGACUUCUGAUACUAGCACCAUGGUAAAUGCUAAAGUUCAUUUGCUACAAAAAGAUGAAGGGGCUGCACUUGCAGAUGCUAAACCUCUUGGUCCAGAAAGAACAGGUUUUCAUUUAAGCACCAUACCUUGUGGAGAUGAGGAAACAAAGGGAUCUGUGUUUUUGAUUCAGGUGAAAGAGAAGCUUAGUUCUGCUGAAUAUAAAGAAUUUGUAGGGUUAAUGAAGGCACUGAAGUCCAAAACAAUGAAGAUUGGUCAGGUACUGCAAUGCAUUGUGAGAUUGUUUUCAGAACCUGAGAGGCUUCCUCUUCUUGAUAGAUUCAAGGAUUAUGUUCCUGCAAAAUAUCAAUCUUUAUAUGAGCAGUACCUCAAAACAAAUGUGGAAAGCUCAACAAGCAAAACAAGGAACUGAACUCAUCCAUACAGUAAUGUGAGGAAAAUAGGAGCAUCAUGGUAAGAUGGAAUUUUUCAAGGGUGUGAGUGAUGCAACCAUCACUGCUCUGGGAAAAAUCUUGCUUGGAUAUUCAAGGAGUGAAGGAUUUUUGCAUUUGCAACCUAAAGUGACUUGUUAAUUGCUAUAAAUUGCUAGUCUAAGCCCACGCAAACUUUUCCUGCUAAGCCAACCUAAAGGCAGCUGAUAGAUACAAAGAACCAAAAUUGAUUGGUAAUUGAUGUUUAACUGUACUUAAUAUGAUGUCCAAUGAUUUUGGCAUAUGUUUCUGGGAACUACAGUAGCAAUUGUAAAUAUAUAUCGUGCGCCCUGUUAUUCACUUGUAUAUAUAUAUAUGUGUGUGUGUGUGCGCGCUGAAAUAGAACCUCUGAUGCCAU